UCCAGGCUUUUAUAUACCGCAAUCUGUAGUAUAAUUAUGUGAUCGUUCCAUUAUUUAUUACCUUGGCCAUUAUACUGGUCUGUUUGCGGUUCAAUAUGAUCAAGCUUGACAAGGAAAACCGAAAUUGUGGAUUUAUAGAAUUUGAAGAGAAAGAAAAAAGUGGGAAAUUUAUCCAGCAAUAUUUAAGACUUGAUAAAUCGAAAGGAAUAUUGGAAUGGUUUGCUGACGAUCCUCUGAAACUAUCAAAAGAUGCAUCUGCUCAAGGCAGCAUUGAUAUUAACUUUAUCACACAAGUUGAUACUGCUGUCAAAGUUAAAUCAAAAGCCAAACACUGUUUUGCUGUAAAUACGCCAAUGAGAAAAUAUUAUUUUCGAGCUAAUGAUGAUGACAACAUGAAAUUAUGGGUUGAAAUUCUGAACAAUGCUAGUAAAAUUGUGGUUUCUGACGAAGAGACAGAUGAAGCUUACCAAAGUUUAAAUGGUGAUAAUUCUGUUAAUUUUCACGAAGAAUAUAGUUAUAAAACUGAAAUUGUUGCUGGUGUUGUGAUUCAGAAGAUAGUUUAUGAUGAUGGUAACACUUCGUCAGCAAUUAAGACUAAUAGCUCAAGAUCUCACAGCCUGGCAUCGACUGGUUCAAAUGAAGCUGACUUGAAAUCUAUUAGAUCGGCAUCAGUGGUUAUAAAAGAAGGAUGGGCUGUGAAACAAGGCCAUGUGAGGAAGAACUGGAAAAGAAGAUUUUUCAUAUUAACAACAAAAGGAUUUACAUAUCACAAAACAGACCAUGACAGGGAUCCAAUUCGUACGAUUCCACUGUCUGAUAUUCUCGCUGCCAAAGUAGACUCAAACAUUCCUUCUUCAUUUAAUAAGGAUAAUUUAUUCAUGGUUGUGACUACAGAAAGAAUUUACUACAUACAGGCUGAUAAUCAACAAGAAAUGGAAUCAUGGGUUAAAGCUUUCAACGAUAUUGUUCAUACAACAAAAUCUUUGAAGCAUCGGACAAAGGGAAGUGAACCUGGAGAUAGCCAUGUUGAUGUAGAACAACAUGCUUUUAACAGUAAUAUCAAUGUUGCAAGAAGACGCAAAGUGGAAUCUACUUUGUCUGUUGCUUCUCCAGCUCACCGUAAUUCUACUCAAGUGUUCGUGCCAAGGUAUGGCCUUCCUCAUAGUGCUUCCCCAUCCCCUGUAGCUUAUUACAGAUUGUCAGCUGCAAAUGACGGACACUACAAAACAAUGACCCCAAACAAAUCACAAGCAAGUAGAAAGCAAAAUAAGAUGUCACAUGAUUUUCGACGUACUGCAAGUAGCUCAGAAGAAAGUGGAAAUAUGAGUAGUAGUGUGGAUUCACUCAACGCAGCUUUUGUUGAUAGUGUUCAAGUUGCCACACCCCCUAAACCGAAGAAAAAUAAGAAGUACAUGAGGUCAAUUUCAGGGUCAGAUAUGUCAUCACCGCUUGUUAAAUACGAGUGGCUUCCACCUGGCAAAAGCAAUCCAAAUGAUAGACGUUCCUAUCCAUUGUCGACAACAAUGGCAUGCAACGAACCCAAGCCUAUUUUGAAACCAUCUUCCGCCUCAUUUUCUUCCCCGGAAAAAAGAAAUAGAGAUUCAAAAGUUCUUGUCUCAACGCAAUCUUUUUCAAGUACAAGUGUCAGAUCGUCGAGAUCAUUUCAACUUGACCCAAAAGUAGAUCUACGUGCUGCUGUUAAGCCAAGUAACGUUAAGAAAAAACGAAACACUGGUAUAUUCUUUUCACUAAAUAACGUUCUCAACAAGAAGGCAGAAAAAAUGAAUAAAUCUGAUGCCAAGAAAAGGCGAUGAUGUUUUAAUACCAAACAAUAAUUAUAAAAAAAGGUGUAAAUUAACUUAAAAAAAUGUGUAAUUUGAUGUUGCAGAACUAUGGAGGUUUGUAUAACUUUUUUCAUUAAAAAUAGUGCAUUUUGGCAGUCAAAAACUGGUUUUGGAUUAACACAGCAGGAUAAGCAUUGGUAAUGGACGGUCAAUACAUUACGAAUUCUUAAGCAAUUUCAAUUUUGCUAUUUGCUAGAAUUAGUCUUUUUUUAUCCAAGCAAGAUUUUUAGAUCUUUGCAUAUUUAUUUAUUUCUUUGCAUUUAGUGAGGUUUGAAAACAAGCCAUUUGUUUUCUUUAUGCGUUUUUUCAGUAGUGCUGUUCUACUAAUUCCAACUUGAUUUUUUUUGUUUAAAUUGGUUGAAUCAUAUUUUCAUAUUUCAAGUCAUAUUUUCUGUUAAAAUAUGAUGUCUUUUGUACAUAAUUCACCAAGUAACGUACUAUUUAUUUAUUAUUUGAGAUUAUGGGUUUGCUAUUUUACAGAGUUUAUGAGUUGCAAUGCACUCACAUUCUUCGAAUACUAAUCAUUUAUUAUAUUAUUGUUUGCAAUGUUUUUGUAAUUUGAAAAGCUGUAUAUAUGUUUAUUAUAUUUGGAUCAAGCAGCCAACUUUAUAACCAUUGUCAUAUGAUCUAAACUCUAAUUUUUAUUAUAAAUUGGGAGUAGUUAUUCAGUUAUAUUAUUACUUUUGAACAUUUUGUAACACCUUUUCCUUGUUUGCUGAAUUCUUACUUCUCUCCAGUGAAAUUAUUGCUAAUGAAUGAUGCGUAACUGAACACCUGCCUUGGUAAUGUGUCCCAUCAGCACUAUAUAAACUACAUGACUGAUUUUACUUAUUGCAGUAUAGUUACUGCUAAGUACCGGUAGUUGGAUUAUUUUCUACAAAAUAUUUUCCUUCACAGACUGAUAGAAAAGUGAUGAAAUACGAUGAGAUAUACAAUUUUAUGCCAAUCAAUGACUUGAAGAAUUACAUCCAAUAUUUAUUUCAUGAGAUUGUUUUCUGAAAAGCCAAUGAUGUCAUAAAUAUAUAGAAUUUGCUCAGUGGUUUAAGUGUUAGGCUAAACUGAUGAUGGCAUCUCAGUCUCUGGUUAGAAUCUUGGGUUCAACAUCCCAUGCUCAUCACCCACGGUGUCAAUAAUUGAUUAGGCAAUAUCGAACUGAAAAGAUUCCAGUAUUCUUAAACUAUAGUGGCUCCUUACUAGGACUUGGCAUUUCGAAAUGAAUAGUUAAAUCGAAUCGCCACCAUCUUGUUUUUUUUCCUUUCAUCCAAUCCUCAAUUUUUUGUUAUUCGAACCGUAUUUUUUCAAUGCAUUUUGACUAUUUUCUGUAGUGAG